GACACAGCUGGGAGUGGAGUGACUCAGGGUGCCCGCGGGGCACACAGACGGGAAACCUUAGCAUCGGGGGGAGUGAAAGAUUCCCUGGCAAUCGGGGGUAGGUCAAGGGGAAAAAAAGGAGACAUAUGUAAUACUCUUUGUAAUACCUUAAGCAAUAAAACAAAAUUUAAAAAAAAGAAGAAAAGGAAAUAAAAAAAGAUUCCCUGGCAUUGAGACGAGUUGAAAGCUAAGGGGGAGAAGUACACUUUCCCCCAGUCAAGAGGAGUGAAGAGGCAGAAGGAACAAUACAUGCCAAAGCAUGAUGGAGACGCAGAGCAGUUGAGUUUGGCUGCAAUGUAGUUGGAGGGAGAGUAGAUAGUAGAUGACACUGAAAAAUUAAGCAGGGGCCAGUACAUACAGAACGUUAUAAGCCAUUUCAAUAGCCUGGACCUUAUUCUGAAACAGGGGCCAGACACUGAAACAUCUUAAAUAGGAAGAGAACACAAUUAAAUUUUUAUUUUCAAAAGCCCUGCUUUUUUGUGUGAAGGAGGAUUGGAAAGCCCUAGCCGGUUUGGCUCAGUGGAUAGAGCAUCAGCCUGCAGACUGAAGGGUCCCGGUUCAAUUCCGGUCAAGGGCACAUACCUCGGUUGCGGGUUCCUCCCAGGCCUGGGCCCAGGUUGCGGCUCAUUCAGAGGACAACCACAUCGAUGUGUUUCCUUCACAUCCAUGUUUUUCUCUGUCUUUCCCUCUCUCUUUAAAAAUCAGCGGAAAAAUAUCCUCAGGUGAGGAUUAACAAAACAAAACAAAAGAAGGAUUGGAGAACUAGACUGAUGGCAUGGAGGUCAAAUAGGAGGCUCUUGCAGUCAUAGAGUCCAGGGCUGAUAGGGAGAUCUGAAUUGUAGCUUGGCCGUGGGGAUAGAGGAUAGUGGGCUAAUUAAAAAAUCAACACGACCUCAUGAUUAGGUGAUGUAAGGGAUUGAAAGAGGAAUUGGUGUCAAAGAUAAGCCCCGGGUUCCAGGAGUGGAAAACUGAGUGGAUGAUGGUAUCUGUCCUACUGCCCAGGACAGGAUCGCCUUGGUCUGCCGCCUGAACACUAAGCCUGUUGAACAUUGUGGUACCAGCUACUCUUUAGUCAUUAUGCUGUUUGUUGACAUCAGGGCAUGCACCUGUCUUGCAAAGGCACGUCAUGGGAGAGGACAGUAUUGGCUUUGUCCCUACCUGUGGAAAGGUGGGUGAGUGGUGACCUGGUCAUGGUGAGCGAGUGAUCUACAUUCUGUCUCUGCUUAAGAACUGGGAGGACCAGGUUUGGUAACAUCUCUUCUUUUAAAGAACAUGGACCAGAAGAGUAAGGUUUUCUGUCACUCUCCUAUAGAAUCUACAAACAACGUAAACUCCUCAGGAUCAAAUUACUUUUCUUCAGGGAAGAGAGAGUUCCUCUCCUGUUUCUUUACAAACCCGCACUAUGGCAGCCUCAUUAAUGCAGACGGCCAUGCUGAAGUGUGGACAGAUUGGAAUAAUAUGUCCAAGUUUUCCCAGUAUGGAUGGAGAUGCACCACUAAUGAGAAUGCCUAUUCAAAUCGUACCCUGAUGGGCAACUGGAACCAGGAAAGAUAUGAUCUAAGGAAUAUAAUGCAGCCCAAACCCUUGCCUUCCCAGUUUGGACACUACUUUGAAACAACAUAUGAUACAAGCUACAAUAACAAAAUGCCACUUUCAAACCAUAGAUUUAAGCGAGAGCCUCACUGGUUCCCAGGACAUCAACCUGAGCUGGAUCCACCUCGAUACAAAUGCACAGAAAAGUCAACUUAUAUGCUUAGCUACCCAAAACCUCAAAUUGAGCACCACUCUGUGUGUGUAUGUAAUCAUAGUAACUGCCCAUUUCAGAGUCUGAGGUUCUAACAAAAUAAGAAGAAGCUUCAUUUUUCCAGAACAGAAUACAGGAGGGAGCACAUUCUAAGCACAACUAAGAAGUCAGAACACUGUAGCACAGUUUCACUCUCUGAAUAAAUAAAGCACAGGAAAUGUUAUCUACCA